AUGGACGGCCUGCGGGACACCCUCCUGGGCCUGGAGGACGGCGUGGGCCCCUCCGAUGGCCAGGGCCUGCUGGCCGCCUGGGACUGGAAGAGCGGGGCCGAGCCCUUCGAGCUGAGCCAGGCCUCGCCCGCCCAGAGCCUGUCCCCGGCGCCCUCGCUGGAGUCCUACACCUCCUCUCCCUGCCCCGCCGCGGCCGGGCUGCCCCGUGGGCACGGCGGUGCCAGCAAUGAGAGCCCCAACGGCUGCAGAGGCCGAGACGCGGGCGGCCUGGUGGAGGUGGACUACAACAUGCUGGCUUUCCAGCCGGCCUACCUGCAGGCCGCCGGGGGCCCCAAGGCCCACAAGGGCAGCAAGGUCAGGAUGUCCGUGCAGCGCAGACGCAAGGCCAGCGAGAGGGAGAAGCUCCGCAUGCGGACCCUGGCUGACGCCCUGCACACCCUGCGCAACUACCUGCCGCCCGUCUACAGCCAGCGGGGCCAGCCGCUCACCAAGAUCCAGACGCUCAAGUACACCAUCAAGUACAUCGGGGAGCUCACGGACCUGCUCAACAGUGGCAGGGAGCCCCGAGCCCAGAGCGCCUGA